AUGAGUUCUAGACGGUUCGGCAAAGCAUCCGCGUUCAAGGAUCACAUAACUAAACCUCUGCUGGCGAUCGUCCUCUUCACUGGGUUCGCGGGUCUGCAAGUAGGAUACGAUACUAGUUGGUGGAGUGCCAUCAUUGCGCUGCCGCAGUUCGCAGGGCUCUUUGGUGGAGGCAAACUCAGCACCCCUAUUGGCACUUUUCGCGUCAUCAGUACGACUGAACAGUCUAUUAGUACCGCAUUUCCUUAUGUUUUUCAACUUAUUGGCGGUGUUUGCGGCGGACAAAUCUCUCACAAGUACGGGCGUAUCGCGCCUCUGUAUAUCAUUGCUGCGGGCUUCAUCGGCGCCACGGUGAUUCAGAUGACCAGCAGCAUUAACGGAUACCGUUUCUGGCAAAUAGUCGCAGGCAAAUUAGUCGUGGCAACAGCGGCCGGCGCAGGUUUGGUGUCGGUGCCCCUGUACAUCGCCGAAAUCGCUCCGGUUCAGGUACGAGGUGCUUUAGUCGGCAUUGUUGCUUGGGCGGUGGUUUUAGGGAACCUGCUCUCUGCUUGCGUCAUGUACGGAGUGAGCGACAAGAUUGGUCAGAUAGUCUGGUUACUCCCGAUGGGGCUGCAACUUCCGGUGCCCAUACUCAUCCUUGUGUUUGCAAGAUGGCUCCCUGAAUCGCCUCGAUGGCUUCUAGAUCAAGAUAGACCUGAUGAAGCUUUGGUGUGCCUCGCACGGGUCCGAACGAGGAGUUCUCGAGCGGCAAUUAAAGCCGAGUUUGGAACCAUGCGCACAACCGUGGCGGAGGAAGCAGCCAAGGCCAAAGGCACCUGGACAGAUCUCUUUAGGGGUCCUAAUCGACUAAGAACGCAUAUUGCGACCGGAGUAUCCAGCUUUGGUCCCGCUCAAGGCUUCAGCUUCAUCACGGGCUAUCUGGUACUCUUCUUCGUCCAAUUGGGUUUCGAGAAUCCCUUGCUCUUGAACGUCUAUGUCAGCUUGGUUGUCGUGGGCAUCGUGAUGAUAUCGUCCUUCGCGCAAGACUUUAUCGGACGAAGAACCCUACUCCUUGGGUCCACAGUGGCCAUGGGCGCCGCCAUGUUCUCGCUCGCGGCCGUAACUACAAAGACCCCUGUUCCAAGUGGAUCCGCGGCCGAUGGCUGCCUAUUCACGAUCUUCCUCUGGGUCGUCGGCUACACAUUGGCAUGGGCGAGUGGACCCGUCAUCGUCGGCACCGAGGUCCCGGCUCAGAAUGUGCGCGACAAAACGUAUGCGGCUUCGAUCUUCUGCACUUCUGCGGUGCAAGCCAUCAGCGCUGGAGUCAACGCUCCUCUACAAAAGAAGUUGGGAGGCCAGAUUGGCUUCAUCUGUAAGUCACGACUCAUACCGCUUGCCAUCAGGUCGAAACCUAACCAGCAGAGCGUAGACGGUGCAUUCUCUGCAAUUGCACUCGUUUGGCUGUACUUCCUUCUGCCGGAUCUCAAGAACAAGAGCAUGGACCAGAUCGAUUGGCUGUUCGACCAGAAGAUCCCUUUGCGCAAGAUGGGUUCCACGCAAGUGCCCGAAAUCUUGCAGAGGGGCCAGGCUCAACGCUCGGUUGACCUCUCGGGUGAAGAGACAGGGAAGAACGGAGGCUCCGUCGAACACUUUGAAAAGUUGUAAAGCGCGGGUAGACGAAGAAUCGGGGGUGGGAGUUCCAUCGAGCUCUGAGCGACAAAUUGGCCAGGGAAGACGCUGGACCGUGGGCGUCAAUUUGUAUCUCUGGAGAAGCGGAUAUUUGGCGGCGAACAGCACAUAUUAUUGGCACAAAGACCAGACGGAUUCAAUUGAAAAGCCCGA